AUGAGCGGCGUCGUGGCCGAGGGCCUUUGCCGCGUGGGCUGGGUGCCACAUCCGCUGUGCCAAUGGGUGUAUCUCAAUAUCAAUGGUCUUUGGCUGGAUGGUUGCAUUUGGAUCGCUCUAUUUGUUUUCUUUGCCGUGUGUCCCCCGUCUCAAUAUGUCAGAUAUUUGCAGGAUGCUUUUAAGGUGCCACUGGUAAUACAGCUCACUGAUGAUGAGAAGUUCCUGUGGAAGAAUUUGACUGUUAACGAAAGCAAAAGGCUUGCACGUGAAAAUGCAAAAGACAUCAUAGCAUGUGGUUUUGAUGUUGAAAAGACUUUCAUUUUCUCUGAUUUUAAUUUUGUUGGAGGUGCCUUUUAUGAAAACAUGGUUAAAGUUGCUAGAUGUGUGACAUAUAAUAAGGUUGUAGGAAUAUUUGGAUUCAGUCAAGAGGAUCACAUAGGAAAGAUUAGCUUUCCUCCUGUGCAAGCAGUUCCGUCAUUCCCUUCUUCGUUUCCCCAUCUCUUCUCUGGCAUGGAACAACUAUGUUGCCUGAUCCCAUGUGCAGUAGACCAGGAUCCUUAUUUCAGGAUGACCCAUGACGUUGCCCCUAGAAUUGGUUGUCAAAAGCCAUCACUGACUGAAUCCAGAUUUUUCCCUGCUCUUCAGGGGGAGAGCACGAAAAUGUCAGCUAGUGAUCCAAAUUCUGCGAUAUAUGUGAGAGAUAAUGAAGAAGAAAUAAAGAAGGUGAACAAAUAUGCUUUCUCAGGUGGCCAAGACUCAGCGGAACUCCAAAGAGAGCUUGGAGCUAACCUUGAGGUGGAUGUCCCGAUUAAGUACCUGAACUUCUUCCUUGAAGACGACGAUGAUCUUGAGCAGAUAAAGAAGGGUUACGGGGAUGGAAGCCUGCUAACUGGUAAAGUGAAGAAUCUUCUUGGUGACGUUCUAUCUGAGCUGGUUAAAAGACAUGAGAGAGCUAGAGCUCAAGUGACCGAGGAGAUGGUUGACGCCUUCAUGGCUGCGAGACCUCUUCCCAAUAUGUUUGGCUGAGAAUAUUAUCAAGACAGGAAUGCUACCAAUGUACAAGGUUUAUUUUUAGUCAGAGUAGUUCUUUUUCAUUUUUUCCAGUGGCCUGACGUAGCAACGGUCCCAAGACGCUAAUGAUUUUAGCCAUGAUCAAUUUCGACGCAGAAUAACGAAGUACUAAUUCACUAGUCUCUUUUUGGUUGUGCAAAAACAAAGUUGACCUUCUUAUCCAAGUGUCUGACUGGACAAGAUUCUUUGCCCCCAAAAAUAGCCAACCUCCUCCUUGUAGACUGGGCUUGGGCCCACAGGCACACAAUUUUUUUUUUGGCAAAACUGACUAGCAUCUAUCUCCAUACACCUCACUCCUUCCAUGUUUUUAAAACUAGAAUUGCUAUUUUGAAACUGCAUUCCCAACAUUUUUGUUUGCUGAGAAAUCAGUUGACCAUGUAGCAA